AUGACUGACCAACGUUUGAAAUUCUGUGGUGUUCCACCACCUGUCGCACCUCGUCGUAGUCGACAAAACAGUGCAUGUAGUACACAAAGUAGCGUUCGCUAUGCUGUAUUCAUGCCUCCAUCACCUUUGCCGUCAGCACCUGUUCGUCGCCGUCGUGUCAUUGAAUCUGUACAUUUACAUGUCGAACGAAAGAAGAAAACAUUUGAGAAAAUAGUGGACGUAAUGAAAGGAAUAAAACCUGUGACGAUGCACGAAUUAGGUUUAGAAUUUCUUCGUGUUUACGAUGGAAGAUUCAACUACCGUGAAGGACACACAUUCGUAAUGCCAUACAGAAAGAAAACAUGGUAUUUAGUGAUUGAUAAGAUCACAUGUGUUGAUUGUCCAGUUGGCGAGGUUGGACCACGGUCAGUACUGAUUCUCAAUUAUAAAAAUCAAUAUACAAGUGUACAUGUUUAA